UCUCGCUUUUACAGAAACCACACAGGAAAACAUCCCUUCGGGUGAUAUGCUUCUUCACAGAAUAGAUUACCUUAAAUUGCCCUCUCAAUUUUGGACCGUACAAACUGAGAAAGAAGCUCGAUCACAAAAUGCAGCUGAAUUACUCUCAUUGUGAGCGGUUUCAAACGGCCCUGCUGCCCUCAGUGUACGGAGUUGAGUUCAUUGUAGCCCUGGCAGGAAACGUGUUCGCUCUGUGGCUACUUGUAGUCAGAGAGAGAAAGAACUGGCACACUGGCGUUGUGCUGUCGUGUAACCUGGCCAUCAGUGACCUGCUGUAUGUCAUGAGCCUGCCUUUGCUGAUCGCCUACUACUCACUGGAGAAACACUGGAUAUUUGGCAACGCUGUGUGCAAAAUAGAGAGGUUUCUUUUCACCUGCAACCUCUAUGUGAGCAUCUUCUUCAUCAUGGCAAUAAGUGUGAACCGAUGUGUGGCCCUCGCUUGUCCCUUCUUUACACGAUCCCGUGUUCGGACUGCCCAUGCCAAGGCCGUCAGUGUCGUCAUCUGGAUUGUUGUAGGAGUAAUUUCCUGCCCUGUGUUGAAAUUUGCCUCUGUUUGCCCUAAUGCGGACAAAAAUAACUGUGUGUCAUUCUGUAACGAGACUCAGCGAAGCCCUCACUUCACUUACAAAAUGUUUCUUGCUGUGUUUGGGUGUCUUGUUCCCUUCCUGGUUACUUUCACGUCUUACUGUGUGGUGAUUUGGGUGGUGUGGAAAAAUGUCAGUAUAACCACGCUGGAGAAACGUAAGGUAGCCCUGUUGGUCACAUCAGUGCUUGUGCUGUAUGCCAUUUCGUUUGUGCCUUACCACAUAUUUCAGAUAUAUCUCUUCCAUCCGAAACGCGUCAGUGCCUGUUGGGUCUACAAGAUGUACCAAGUGUGUAAAGGACUGGCAACUCUGAACAUGUGCAUCCAUCCAAUCCUUUACAUGGCUGUGUCUGACAGUAUAAGAGUAGCUUGUUGUGGGAAGAGCCCAGAGGACAACACCGGGGGAGUAAUGAGAAAGUAGAGCUUCCUCUUUUCAGCUUGCAAAAUUUUAUUUCUACACAGACUUGUUUUUGUUAUUUCUGAAAGUUAUUUUUCUAUUAUUACCAUUUGUAAUAAAGACUUCUUUGUUUGCUGCA